AUGCAGCUUGAUUCAAUGCAAGUCCUGGAUGCGGAGGCUCAUGCCAUACUUGAUAAGGAGGGAGUCUCUAUCGAGGACAUUGAUGCCUGGACCCGCGUUCUGGUGGCCGAAAACAGCGCGGACUCGGUAUCCAGAUAUGCUAAGACGGUUGAUAGGGCUCGCAGGCUUGAGCAGCAUCCUGUGUCCCACAUAGUUCCGCUUCAGAUUCUGCGUGCGGUGUACAUCCCGCCGCAGUCGUUCCGGCUCCUGCUAGCUGCUAUCCGCAAAAGCUCCCAGUAUCACGACGAGUUUUCCCAAUCCUCCCGACCAGGUAUCAGAGACGUCACCAACAGCUACGCCCUCGAGAAUUCCACGCAAACAGAGAGUGCCGAACCAAAGGAUCAGACUAUAUUUGCCGCCCAAUCCUGGGAUAAGCCGUCAGGUAUGAUACUGGCAGUACGUCUACUACGGCACGCCAGGAGGGUAGCACCUGAUACCUUUCCUACCAUUGUCGAUAUUGCUUGCAGCAUCCUCUUGUGGCGGCGUACUACAUAUCUGGGUCCGCUGGCAGACUACUGCAACAAGCUGCUCAAGCUGAUAGCGCUACCUACUACUUGGCACCCGGUCAGGAAUGCCUCCAUACAGCAAGUCGCUCAACUAAAGCUUGUACGAAGCAUGACUGAACACCGGCCCGAGCUUCCGAUCAACCGAGAGGGCUACAGAGCUCUCAUAAGUGUUCAGCUUGCACAUAGGAAAACACCACCGGAAGACGCCUGGGCAAGAGUCAAGUCGCUGUCAUGGCCGCCGUGGCGAGAAGACAGACUCGGUAUGGACGCCAGCUUGGAGUACCCAGGUAGGGAGUCUCGCGCUGCCAAGUUGUUACGCCGAAUGAAUGAAGCGGGCUAUGCUCAUGGUGUUUGGGAAGUGGCCGCAAAGAUUAUGGCAGGUUGGGACACAGACGCUAGCCCGACCAUCCAAACCCGCAGAAUGCCGUUGCCCUCCCUGGUGAGUAUCAGGCUAGAGGACACGCCGGAUUCCUUUGAUCAUCCCAGCAUCUGGGCGGCGAGAAUUGUGGCAACACGGACCGUCCGUGAAGCUUGGGCAGCCUUUCUGUCCUAUCGCAAGAAGACUGUGGCUUCAAUGCAACCCCUAGACGGUCGACCCUUUGAAGCAAUGUUUGAAAAGCUCUUUGCUAGUCCACAAGAUCAACAUUCCAACUCCGACGCCGUACCGGGGGAUGGCAAAGAAACAUGGAGUGACCCGUCAAGUCCUCUGGACGUUAUCUAUGUGGACAAAGCACCGCCAAGUGUAGAGGGCUUGUAUACACAGAUGCGCAAGGAUGGCGUUGAACCAGGUGGUCGUUUGCUUUCGGCCCUCUUGCGGAAUAGCCUCGAUCUGGAUCAGACGAUCAAGUACAUCAAGGAUGCAAGGUUGUCGGACGACAGGAAAGACGUGCUACUCAAUGCACACAAUCAUCCUGCGGAAAUGAUCCGAGUGGUGUUUGAAACCACUCCCCCACACGUUUUAGGAGGGUUCAUUGGCCAUUUGUUCGCAAUCCCUGGCGAGGCCAGCACGAAGCUUCGGGUUCGCGCAGAUGCUAGCAACGCUGCCUCUGCACGGGCCGCUACACCGAUCGAAUAUGCUAUGAGUCUACUGUCACUGGGCAAGGUGACCGAGAGAGUGGUGUAUAGUGAGGCGCUGAAGGGCCUGUCGCUGCACGCUUCGCAGCACAUGGGCAGUGGUGACUACGUCGCACGUAGGGCAUACACUCGGAAGCUGAGCGCACAUCUGAAGGCCCUUUUGGGCGUUAUGAGGCAUGCUAGAGUCGACCAUGAUUUCACGACGUUCCGAUAUGUCAAUAAUGUCUACCAGACGCUUCUCAAAUGGGGCCCGUGGCCGCGUUGGAGGGCCAUCUCGGAGCCGGCGACAACGAUCAAGGACAUUUUCGCUGACUGUACGCAAUGCGGUCGAGAUCCGGGCAGGUGGCUUAGCAGUCGAAACGCAAGGUUGCCACACGAGGCCGUGCCUGAUCCGCACGAUUUACGCCUACUCGUUGAGACGCUGGGCAUAUUCCAGGACAUUCCGGCUCUCAUCGAGUUAAUAGCAUGGAUGUCCAAGUAUUCCCAGGAUUUGUCAAGAAUCCAUUCGGAUCUGAGGUCGGGUUUGGAAGAGAUGCGCAACGUGAUGAUUGUGGCGCGCAUCUUUAUAGAGGGGCGACUGCAAGGAGCAGCCAAAGUUGGUAGCUUUGCUGCGGCUGAGGCGAAGAUAGCGGGCAGGCUAUAUGUGCCGACAGACGUGGAUUGUGCAGAGUUCCUCCAGCAGCGAGACUCCUGGGUACGACGCCACAAUAGGUACAUUCGAGCAAGGUUGUUAACAAUCGGACCGGAUCAGCUGUUUGAAAGCAAUUAG